AUGGGGCGGCUGCGCGCGUGCCUCCGUCUCCGCCGCCUCCUCGAGACGAGGCCGCCGCCAUCGAGCCCCUCUCCGGCGCGCGUGCCGCAGCUCUCUUCCCGCACGUCGCCCUUCUCAUCCGCCGUGGCGGUCGCGGCCGCCGCGCCCCAUGACUGCCGCGACUCUGGCCUCGGGAGCUCGGCCUACUGGGCCUGGAUCCGGGCGGCGGCGGAGGCGGCCCCGGCGCCCGCGCCUCCUCAGGACGAGGAGGAGGAGGGCCUCUCGCGCUACAUCCCAGUCAAGGCCUACUUCCUCUCCACCAGCAUUGAUUUGAAGAGCAUGCAGGCGGAACAUUUCAGCGACGUGGUACCUCAAUCGACCCGAUCGCUAAAUUACAUCGCGCUCCGGUACUCUGAAUUCCCUCCAGAGAUCAUGGACAUUGGAGUGAGGGAUAACAGAUUUUGCUAUCGCUACGUGGUUGUCUUCCAAUAUGGCUCUGCCGUGCUUUUUAAUAUUGCUGAUCAUGAAGCUGAGCAUUAUCUUGAUAUGAUCAGGAAUCAUGCUUCGGGAUGGCUUCCAGAGAUGAGAAAAGACGAUUAUGCAGUGGUUGAGAAGCCAUCCCUGACAACAUGGAUGAAAGGAGGGCUUGAUUAUAUAGCUCUUAAAAGUGUAGACACUGAUGGAAUUCGCAUCAUUUCAAGUGUUCUCGGUCAAAGUAUCGCUCUCGAUCAUUACAUACGGCAGGUUGAUGAUAUGGUUGAGGAAUUUACUGAAAUCAAUCGUGUCAUGGAGAAGACUGGGGACUUCACAAUGAAAAGAAAGAAGCUCUUUCAACUUGUGGGCAAGGCUAACUCUAAUCUUGCGGAUGUUAUCAUCAGGCUUGGCCUUUUUGACAGGUCUGAAAUUGCUUGGAAAAAUUCGAAUUACGCGCAAAUUUUGGAGUAUCUUCGGGAAGAAUAUGAACUGAAUCAACGUUUUGGAAGCCUGGACUUCAAACUGAAAUUCGUGGAGCACAACAUUCAUUUUCUUCAAGAAGUGCUCCAAAAUAGAAGAUCAGAUUUGCUGGAGUGGGGCGUUAUAAUACUACUGACUAUUGAGAUUGUGAUCUCACUAUAUGAAAUUAUCAAGGACUCCAGCAUGAUGUCUUGAAAGCACAGAUCUCAGUCAUCAUCUACAGUUAUACUCAUUGGCCCAUAGCAUCGUGUACUAGAGUAGUAAUGCAGACUCUUUCCCCUUCUCUAUCAGUUCCCUACUGAUCUCUAACCUCAGUGGAAAGCAAGUUGACUUUGGGCUAUGUUCCUCCAAGCACUUUCCUCAUUGCUCUUUUUGUUUUUGUUUUUUUGGAGUGCACUUUCUUUUGGCUGCUCUGGCAUUUCCUAGGAAUGCAUUUUUUUUUGGGUUUGUUCACCCUUUUGUUCCAACUAAGUUUUAUAGCUGACAAAGUCAGAAAUUAGUUACUCCAUUCACCAAUGAUCAACAACAUUCAUGGAUUGAUGGAUAGUACUUUCUUAUAUUAUGUGCUCUGUUCUCAA